GCCCGCUCAAUUGACACCCAAAAUCGUCCCAACACGCGAAACCAUCUCUCUCUCUCUCUCUCAAACAUUAAACCCUAGUAACCGAACCAGUAGAAGCACAGAGAAACCCUAGUCACCCUCUUCACAGACGGAGAGAGAGAGAGGGAGAUGGGGGGAAGCGAUAGCGAAGUAGAGAAGUCAGCGCAGAAGGAGAAGGAGAAGAAGAAGUUGUUAGCUCUGGCCCCCAUUGCAAAGCCCCUUGCUGGCAAGAAGCUGUCCAAACGCACCUUCAAGCUCGUUCGCCGAGCUGCAGGACACAAAUGCCUGAAGAGAGGAGUUAAGGAGGUUGUUAAAAGUAUUCGCCGCGGUCACAAAGGAUUAUGUGUUAUAGCAGGGAACAUAUCUCCUAUCGAUGUCAUCACUCACGUUCCAAUCUUAUGUGAAGAGGCUGAAAUUCCCUAUAUAUACGUGUCAUCAAAAGAAUAUGGUCUAAGGAUGGGUUUGGACAUUCCAUGGAAGAGAAAUUGUCCUGCAGAUCUUGCAAAUGCCGGAGCCCACUAAGAGGCCAACAUGCUGUGUACUAGUGCUAACGAAGCCAACCAAGGGGGAACUUACCCAGGAGGAACAAGAAAAGCUUAAGUCAGAAUAUGAUCAAGUUGCAUCAGAAGUUUCUGAACUUGCUUCCUCUAUGUUUUGAAGAACAACUAAAAGAACUAGCCUUUUGUUUCCCAUUUACUGAUGUAUACUGUAUUUGGCUGGUAUAUCCGUGUCAUAUUUAUAUAUGUUUUGAAGCUAAGCAGCAGGAAGUGCAGUUCCUUUUUGUUUUCAUUUUUGUGUCGUGGAUGAUGUGAGUGAAACCU